GUGUUGUGUGUUGAUCCUGUUUCUGGUUCGGUUUUAGGCUAGUGGUAGGUGGUCCACGGUUUCCGAAGCAGGUUUCCGAUUGGGCUCCCGGAGAUGUCUGUGGCCUUCGUACCAGACUGGCUAAGGGGCAAGGCGAAAGUCAAUCAGGAGACUAUCCAGCGGCUCUUGGAGGAGAAUGACCAGCUGAUCCGCUGUAUUGUGGAGUAUCAGAACAAGGGCCGGGCGAACGAGUGUGUCCAGUAAGUGUCCCUUUC